AUGACAUUCUCCGACUCGAGUGCGCCGUAUCCUUAUAAGAACGCUCCAAGCAGAGUGUGGAUCGAUGAAGAUAUGCAGCGCAUCGCUGGUUUUGAGAGUUACGCACAAGCAGGGACCGCCUUGUUUGGGGUUAUGAGGAGACUUAUGAUGAUGGGCCAGAAAGCAGACGAUGAAGAUCAAGAAACCAUGGGCGACAGCCAAGACAUGAUGGCGAUUACGAAAAGGGAUCUUGCAGCUUGGGAAUACAAGAUGGCAGAGUUUGAGAGGAAUCAUGCUCGUCCGCACGAUCAGAGAGGAGCGAUUUCCAUCGGACUAUAUCACACUCUCAUGCGCACAUUCCUAGCAGGAGGAGCAUUCGGGCCCGAAAUGCGAUGGGAUAAUCUUGUCGGUCUUUACGAAAGGAUUCUCACGCUCGCAGAGACACUAUACGCCAACAAACAAAGCUUCCACGUCAACUCACCUCUCUCCCUCGAACCGGGUGUCAUCGUUCCAGUCUUUAUGGUUGCUCAACGUUGUCGUCACCCAUGGCUGCGUCGUCGCGCAAUCGCGUUUCUCUACAAGCUUAAACGACAAGAAGGCAUGUGGUUCAGCGACGGGGCAGCAGCAGUGAGCAAGAAGAUUAUGGAGAUUGAAGGGCAGACGUAUUUCGAAAGCGACCUUGCCAACGAUGAUGACGAGAAUAAAUCAUCAGCUCUUGCUCUGGGGGACGUCCCUUGGGAAGCGUGGGCUGCUGUCGAUGUUGAGGGUUUGCCUAGUAGGACAAGUUGGGCGGGUAUUGAGAGAGUUCCCGAGGAGAAGAGGAUGCGCGAGACGAUGGUGAUGGUUUUUACAGAGGAGAGAAGGAUCGAAUUAUCGCUUAUAAUGAGUUCUGGCGAUGAAUUGGGGACUUAUGGCGAAGUAAGGACUGAAUCAAUAAUGUAUUAA